CUGUUGUAGAUGUCCUCCUGAAAGGGAUCCGGCAAAGUCUGGGCCAUCUGAGCAGGCUGAGAAGCACUCAUACGCUGGCACAUACGACGCACAGUAUCUUUAGCGCGGGCUUCGUGGCUGGUGCCUUCCUUCAACCGAAGAUCCGAGAGGUCGAAGGCAGCGUCGAACAUGAUGCCCUGCGGCGUUUUGACGCGGCUGACAGCUACGUACAUAAGACCGAGUUGCAAAUCCUUCCCUAAUAUGUCCAAGACCGCCGUGUUGAGCGUGGCACCCUGUGACUUGUGAACCGUGAUGGCGAACGCGAUCGUCAGCGGGAACUGCGUGCGCGAGCAAUUCUCCCUGCCCUUGAGGAAGGCCCGCUUGCUGCGGAAGAUCGGCACGACGCCUUUGAGUCGGAUCGACGGGGAAGCAGACGGGGCCAGUAAGCGGUCGAACUUGACCAGCACAACAAAGGGAGGCACCGCCUUGGAAUUCUCAUCCUCAUUAUACUCAACCGGUCAUCCACUUAAUGCCAUGAACCGUGCCAAUGGCGCCGUUGACCAAGCCCACGUCGGUUUACAUGUUCUCUGUGAGCAUGACCCGCGCGACGAAGACCAUAGGGGUCUUCUGCUGGAAAUUGCCCGCGGCUGCAGCUUCCACAUCCUUGGCCCUGUCGCCAGUGUUGUCCACAACCACCUGAUAACACGGCUUGUCAAGACCCUCAAGGUGCGUGAGGUUGUAGGUGUUGACCUUGGCAAUUGCGAGGGUAGAUGCGUAAGGCAUCGUCAAAGACUUUGGCUUCGGCUACCGGUACUCUCGCGCAGUGGCGGGUCGACAACAGCCGCCAGUGCACAUUGGUUGGGUUGUUGUGACACAGGCCCUCCAACGCAUCCCUGAACGCAGCCUGCGCGGCGCCCUGCUGCGUCACGACCUGCCUGAGUUCUACGCUGCGGGGGAAGGCCAAGUACGCAUUGUAACUCGCGAGGUCGACGUCGGACAGACCCCUCCUGAUGGUACCAGCAUACAGAGCUCUCUCCGCCACAGGCGGCAGCUGGAAGAAGUUCCCGAUCAGCAUCAUGCU